AUCUCGUUGAAACAUCUAAAGUUUGUUGUGAUUGAAGAAUUCCAUCUUUGUACAACGGAUUCUGUUUAUAUGAAGAAUCUCACAGCGAUGCGAAUUAUUCUCACCAAUGAAGCCUCGCCAGCGAUUAUUUGCAUAUCUAAUUUGACAUCAGUACAGCAUAUGUUUGACAAGAAUUUCUUGGAAGAGAUAUUUCGGUCUAAAUUCGUGAAAAUUGUUGCUCCACCAGAACUUGGCGAUAUCAGGGUGUCAAUAUUGCCGAAUGUCGGCCCCAGAAUUCAAAAUCUACUGACUUAA